AUGCAGAUCUUCGUCAAGACUCUCACUGGCAAGACCAUCACCCUUGAGGUCGAGUCCUCCGACACGAUCGACAACGUCAAGUCCAAGAUCCAGGACAAGGAAGGCAUUCCCCCGGACCAACAGCGAUUGAUCUUCGCUGGCAAGCAACUCGAGGACGGUCGCACCCUCUCUGACUACAACAUCCAGAAGGAGAGCACCCUGCACCUUGUCCUCCGUCUUCGUGGUGGCAUGCAGAUCUUUGUCAAGACCCUCACUGGCAAGACCAUCACCCUCGAGGUCGAGUCAUCCGACACCAUUGACAAUGUCAAGUCGAAGAUCCAGGACAAGGAGGGCAUCCCCCCUGACCAACAGCGAUUGAUUUUCGCUGGUAAGCAACUCGAGGAUGGCCGAACCCUGUCCGACUACAACAUCCAGAAGGAGUCCACCCUUCACCUCGUGCUGCGCCUCCGUGGAGGUAUGCAGAUCUUCGUCAAGACUCUCACCGGAAAGACCAUCACGCUCGAAGUUGAGUCUUCGGAUACCAUCGACAAUGUCAAGUCCAAGAUUCAGGACAAGGAGGGUAUUCCUCCGGACCAACAGCGACUUAUCUUCGCUGGUAAGCAGUUGGAGGAUGGCCGAACGCUGAGCGACUACAACAUUCAGAAGGAGUCAACCUUGCACUUGGUCCUCCGUCUGCGUGGUGGUAUGCAGAUCUUCGUCAAGACCCUGACCGGAAAGACUAUUACGCUGGAGGUGGAAUCAUCUGACACCAUCGACAACGUAAAGAGCAAGAUUCAGGACAAGGAGGGUAUCCCCCCGGACCAACAGCGUCUUAUCUUUGCUGGUAAGCAGCUGGAGGAUGGUCGCACUUUGAGCGACUACAACAUCCAGAAGGAAUCCACACUUCACCUGGUCCUCCGUCUUCGUGGUGGUCAAUAG